UCGUUUGGAUUAUGCUAUAUUUAAAGUUCAAAAUGCAAGUUUAAAGUGAAUAUAAAAAGCGUUCUAAAACAACCAUUUUUCAUAACAAUAUUUUUGUGGUUUUCUUAUAUAUACGUCAUGUAUUAUGAUCGCUUUCGUGCUUAGUUACAGCAUUUAGGCGCAGAGAAAAACAUAAAAGUUAUAGCUGAAAUUAAAUAAUUAAUUCAAAGUAAAGGUAAUUAUAAUUAGCACGGAAAAAUGGCUGGAAGCAGAAACUGUAAACUUGGCUUCUUUCUUGGAUAUGCAUUUUCAUGCAUGUUAUUUUUGUGUUAUCUCUCGACAACCACAGAAAACAACUACCAAAAACUGGUUUAUCAACAUGCUCGUAUGCAUCCUGAUCUCAAAAUAUCAAUUGACCGGUCAACAGCAACCAAGUCUCUGGAUAUCAUCAAGCUCAAAACCACCUCAGAGCUGGCAAAACUGGUUCUAUAUAACUGCAAAUUGACUCAAUACUUCAGAGAAAACUUGGGCCAGACAAACGCCACGUUGGACGAUAAAGAAUUCACAAAUGCAGUUGAGAAAAUUGCACCGGAAGCAAGAAAGAGGAGACAUGGCGUCUACUAUCGGAAAGAAAAUACAUAUUACUCAUAUUGCUUGAACUUCAAGUGUGCCAGUAAUUUUUUACUCUCUCUUCUCAACCAGCCAAAUGCAGUUCCCCCGAAAAACUAUAUUGUCAGUGCCUUCAUGGUCAUCAGGGAACCCAUGCACAUACUUCUCUCCGCCUACUUGAAUAAGCUGUACAUAUUCAGAGAUCAAAAGCAAUUCGAUCUCUUCACGCCCUUGGCAGAAAACAUUGCAAUUUAUGUGAAACGCAGUCACAAGACCUCGUCCAAUCUCUACACUCAACCACUCACUUCGGCACGUCCCGGAAACAUUAGUUUUCCUGACUUCGUCGAUUAUGUAAUCCACAUGUAUCUUGUGAACAACGGCAAAAUUGCUAGUUCUGAAGUUCCGACGGAGGUCAGCUUCAAGGACGUGUCCACUUACACAGUUUGGCUACAUUGGGGAUCACAAGUAGCUGAUAGAUGCCUAGUCUGCGCGCAAGUCUUUCAAGACGUCAUCAUGUUUGAGAACUUUGAGCAACACCUAAAACAAGUGCACCGAAAGUAUGCUCCAAUGCUCUUCAAAAACAAAACACAUAUUCCCGAGAUUAUUGAGAGCCAAACGACUUUGGAGUUGCAACGUUUUUACGACCAAUUGACCGACUCGCAAUUGUCAUUUCUAGGCAAUGUCAUGUAUAAAUUGGACUACAUUAUACUGCCUUAUAAUUGGAACGAUUUCUUGCAAUCGAUCGGACGUGAACAAGUUAUGAACUAUAUCUUUUAAAUCAUGCGCUGUGAUUGAAAGAAGCUGAUCAAGAGAACUGAUCAACAUGUUCUUUUUUCAUUUCAGUUUGUAAUUUUCAUCAACUCGCACCUACCUCAUGAUUACUCUACUUAAAUUCAUCAAUUCGCCCCUAACUCAUUAUUACUCUACUUGAAUAUAUCAAUUCGCACCUACCUCAUGACUUUAUCAAGAAAUCUUUCUGAAUACAAUGAACUUCUGAUUUGUAAUCCAAAGAUU